AUGCUCGAUAUUGUCAUCCAACUCGGGCCAGAUAGCGCCAAGGAUCAGGAUCUAUGCGCAUCACUGCGCGCGCAUGCCCUUGCGGCAGAGCGGUCGAGAAACUGCCACAAUAGCAGCGUCAUCGCUCGCGCCGAGGAAGCCGUCGCCUCCAACGCGGAGCUGCUGGCCCAAGACGAACACGGCAACACCUGGCUCUCCACAGGCGAUGAUCGGUGGUCGGCCGGGCGUUUCGAGGCUGUCACCGUUGCCGACCUGCGCGAGCGCGCCGAGCAGGCCCGCGCAGCGACCUCUCCUUCCCCAGGUGCACCGACGCCCCGUCUGCGGAUGUGGGUGCUCGGCGGGGAGUCCAUCGCCACCGACAUCGGCAGCCUGCAGGCCACCGCCGGAGACGGCGCGCUCUUCCAGGUCGCGUCGCAGUUCAACUGCCUGGAGUCCCCGGCCGCGGAGCAGCUGGUGCCGGUGCGCCGCUACGUCCACGACUGCACGCAGGGCCCGCGGGCCGCCGUCGGCGCUUUCCCCGCCGCGCUGCUGCGGCACUACCGCGCGCCUGGCCCGGACGGGCAGCCGUUCGUCCAGACGGCCGACGGCAGGCAGUUGGAUCUGCUGGACGAGGCGGUGGACCCGUCGCUCGGGGGCCGGCGCAACGGAUACCUGAAUGGGUACAGGGCACGCGACACUGCCGCCAUCGUCGACGCGCUGCGUAGCAACCAAGACAAGAUCAAGGUCGGCGUGCAGACCGAGGCCGAGGUCGUGCUCGGUGCGGAGUGGUACGGCGCCGUGGAGGGCCGGCCGCGCAUCGCGCAGGUCUUUACGUCGACGGUCGCGGGCGGGUUUUACGGCGGCGAGCGGGCCUUUGGGGCCAGCUUCCCGACCGUCUGCGCGAUCCUGCUCCGGGCCGCCUACCGCGGUACCCUGCUUGCUGCGGCGGCGGGGAGACGGCAAAAGGUGGUGCUGACGCUGAUCGGGGGUGGGGUCUUUUUGAAUGAUCUGCGAGCCAUCUGGACGGCCAUCGCCGAGGCUGCGGAGCACGUCGAGCCUCUGCUGAGUAGUGAUCUGGAUGUGUUUGUGAACGUGCGGGAGCUGGGUGCCUUUUCACGCGCGCUACCUGCCGAUGAGCCGCUGAAGACUGUGCAGCGGUGGGGAGGCGCUGUGAUUCGGUUUGACCUGCAUGGCCAAGUUGUUGUUCAGCGCUGA